UUUACUCUAAUUAAUCAUCACGCCCAAUUGAUGUGCAUCUUGGCAUUAGUCCCGGUAUUAGCCUUUGUAUUUUCGGUUUCGUUUUUGAUUUUUCCCUUUUGUUUAUGUCAAGGGUAUUUUGGGAGAUUUAUGUUGUUUCUUCUCUGUUUUUCUUUUUCUUUUUGUGUUAUUUAUUUUCUCGUGUAAGGAAGAGGGUCUUUAAUACACCAAACCAACUUCUCAUACUGCCUCGGCUCGGAAAAGCCGAGGGAGAGAAUGUCUAGUCUCACCGGGGAGGAGGGCGCUCAUUCCUCCCAAAAGCUUACAAA